CUUUAAUUCAAUUUGUUCUUUGGAAACAUGAACAAUGAUCCAGGCAUCAUCUGUUUUCGUCAUUGCAAGGCCAAGAGUGUGUUUUGCAUGCAAAUUCCAGCGACGUGUCCAGUAUGCGCGUCACAAAUACAGAACUUCGCUGUAGACCCGUUUCGUGUUCCGUAUCCAUUUGUGAAUGCCACUCAUAAUCCAACCAGUGUUGUUAUUCGGCCCUCACAAGGCAGCUUUCUUGAUGAUUAUAAUGUGACACGCGACAAUUUACACAUUGGAAUAGUUGAUUCUAGUGGCAGCAUUGUAGAAUUUGACAAACAAGGAUUAAUUGUAAAUGAUAUCAUCAAGUGGACUAAUUGUAUUGCCUUGGAGGUAGUGCCAGCGGCAUGGACUGCACAAUGGGACAAAACAUUGUUACUUAUGUUGAAAGAUAUCAAGUGGAAAUCUGUUAAUUAUAAUUCCAUCAAUGUGAACUGCUUUAACUUUGUUUUAGAAUUUUUUAAUAAUCUGGGAUACGCAGAUUUAAGAUUCGCAAGUAAGGAAGACCUGUGCGAGCAAUUGAUACUGUUGAAAAUGCGUAAUGCAAUUCAAUAUAUUUCGUUAUAUAGAGCCUUGAAGGAUAAAGAAUAUUUCUUAUCAGAUCAUCAUAUUUGA